CCACCUUCUACAUCUCUUCCACCCUCUCCAUCUCUUCCGCCCUCCGCAUCUCUCUCCCCUCCCAUCAUCAUCUCUCCCUCCCUUCCAUAUCGCUUCUAUCCAUCUUUGUCCUCCUAUUAAUCGGUCUCUCCUACUGAUACCAUACUACUACUACUCGACAUUAAAUAUCAUCGGUUGGAGAUUGUUGACUACAUAUCCAUGAGCUCAACUGCUCGCUUCAUCACACCUACUGAAUCCUAACGUUUUCUUGACAAAAUUUUCCAUCUGUGCUUCAUGCAAGGUAUCUAGGACCAGGAUACCAUGUCGCUGCAGUCAGAAGAUGUGACCUUGGUCGAUCACUUGGCUAAGAUACAUUACAUAGUCGAGCAGCCAUUCCGAAACGGCCAUCUUCGCCCAGGAUACAAGACUGCAUCCCCAAGUCCAGACUUUGACACCAAAUGGAAAGACGAACCACCUCACAUUCGAGCCCUGUAUACAGCUCGAGCUUCAAAAUUAGCUUCAUCAGAUCAGUACAAGGGGGCACAGGUGAACGAUCACGAGUUUGCCAAUGCACUUUACGCCAAGCUUUAUGCAGAACUAGAUUCCAACCAAGCGGCAGCAGCUUUUACAAUCCAGCUUUCUGCAUUCAUAUCAGCAGUGAAAAUGUUGCUGAGCCCUGAUGAUGUUUCUGGGUCGCGCUCAGCCCAAGAUGAGAACGCCGGUGCGACUGAAAACUUAUCCUCGGAGGAGCACAGUGCCAACGACGCAGAUCAAGAAAUUAAAGCGCUCGAGGCAGCAGUAAGGAAAGGCAUCAAGGUGGUGACGAGCUUGAGCCAAGUCUUUGGUGAGCCUGAAAACUGGAAAAGUGAGCCCGACUGGCCAAACAAAAUCAAGCGCACUCUUGAUAAAGCCCGCAAGGAAACGGUCGUCAUUGGAGUUGCUGGAAGCACUGGCGCGGGGAAAUCGUCCUUGGUCAAUGCCCUCAUCGACGAAAAAGACAUCCUGACCACAGAUUGCAUGCGAGCAUCCACCGCGGUCCCGGUCGAGGUCCACUACAACAAAGGAGAGUCGCGAUAUAGAGCAGAAGUUGAGUUCAUUCAGCGCGAAGGCUGGGAGCGCGAGCUAGAUAUUCUAUUUGCUGAGCUCCGUGUCCAUUCAGAAGAACUUGCUCGUGGCGAAGAGCCAAAGGACGCCGAGGCAACAGUCGCCUUACAAAAGAUCAUGGCUGUAUACCCUGCUCUCGAGCGGCAAGCACUUUUAGAGACCUCGCCUUGCGAGCUUCUGAAGGAUGAAAGAGUCUCGGACCUUUUGGGCCAAACAGUGACGAUCAAGGACAAUAACUCCAAGAGUUUCGCUGAUGAGUUAAAGUCAUAUAUCGACAGUAAAGGCAAGAAAAAGAGUCGACCCAAAUCUUCGGCUAAGAAGGCCGCUCUUGGCCACCCAAAAGAUUUGUCAGAAGGAUCGGAUUCCGCUGACCAAGGUAUCGGACUUUGGCCGCUCGUUCAUGUCGUGCGGAUUUAUGUCAAGGCCAAGGCCUUGUCGGCCGAGGCUGUUCUGGUUGAUCUCCCCGGUGUCUCUGAUUCAAAUGCAGCGCGUGUGGCUGUGGCUGACGAGUACAUGAAGCGGUGUUCCGCACACUGGAUAGUGGCGCCCAUCAAUCGUGCGGUCAACGACAAAGUUGCUCAUGAUUUGUUGGGCAAGAACUUCAAGAUCCAGAUGCACAUGGAUAAUGCAUUUAACGACAUCACAUUUGUCUGCACGAAGACCGAUGACCUUGUUCCAGCAGAAGUGCUGCAAUCUUUAGGGCUCGAGCUGCCACCUAUUGAUGAUUUGGAAGAGUCCUCGGACAGGCUUGACGCCCCGAAAAUGAAGUUUCGAGAAUAUCAAGACCAAAAAGAACAGAUCCUCACAGAGCUUGAGCCAAUUGAGGAUGAAAUUGAAGACUUAGAAGAGCGACUGAGGGAUGAAGACAUUAAUCUCGAUCGGAAGAAACUCCAAGGUCAAAGGCGUGAUGCCGACCGGGGUAUUGAGAAGUAUCGAAAGAUCGAACUUGAUGACCUUCGAUUCUGCAUCGAGGCUCGUAAUAACUUUGCGAAAGAGCAGAUCAAACAUGACUUCGGUCAGACCAUCGCAAGCUUAGACCAAGAAGACGAGCAGCAUGAUGGCAUCUACCUCUCGACCAUGGCUCGGGACUACAACGAGUUCAAAGAAAAUCUCUCCGUGUACUGUGUCUCUCCUAAAGCCUAUCAAGAACUGCGUGGUCGUUCAAGGCGGGGCAAAAAGCUCCCUGGGUUCUCGGACCUAGAGCAAACGGAGGUUCCUGCUUUGCAACAGUACUGCAUUGCGCUAACUCGCAAAUCCCGCGAGAAGACUGCCCGGCGUUUUUUGGUGACGCUGAAUUCACUCCUUCAAUCAAUGACCUUGUGGUCUGCACCGAUUGCGACAGCCGCGCGCACUUCUGCCCAGAAGAGACAGCAGAUGGAGGCCGAAUUCCGUAACGCGGUAGACGACCUGACCGAGGCCAUGAACAGACUUCGAGUUGACUCCGUUGCCAGCAGCCGAGCUAUCAUCCAAGACCAGAUCAUCGCAAAUCUAGACCAAGCAUGGCGCCACGGUUAUGACGAGUUUCCCCAAGCGGUCGAUUGCUGGAAUGCCCCUCAGCAACAAGAGGGAUUCCGUUGGAAUAGGUAUCAAGCAUUCUGUCGCCGGCAGGGUCUUCAUGACAACCGGAAUUUGAACGAGGAAAUAGCACAGCCGAUGAUCGCGAAGAUCAAGCCUGGAUGGCGCAGUGCAUUUGAGGAUCAAUUGCCUGGUGCAUAUAAGCAGCUGCGUGAAGAUUUUGAGAAAGCCAUCAGUGAAUUCCAUUCUCAAGCCAUGCGAUGGAUCACAUGGGACUCGCCUCGGGCUACAGGCGAGCGGCUCCAGCGCCGACUGGUUACCCUACACGAAUCGAUCAAACAGGAAAUGGAGGAUCUCCAAGCAUGGACGGGGCGCGAGAAACGCAAUAGAAGAGGUUAUUUCAGCGCGUCUAUUGCCACGGGGCUUCAAUCAACCUACCAAGCUUGCGCUCAAUAUACUGGACGCGGCGUUUUGAAGGCGAUCCGUACAAGGAUGUCCGAGCAUGCUGAGAAGCAAGGUUCUUCGCUAUUCCGCAAUGCUGCGGAUGAAGUCAGCCAGGCGCUGGAAGAAUGGUUGUGCGAAUUGGAUACAAAGCUCGAGAAAUUGGUCAAAGAACUAUUGCAGGAGGUUGCGCAAGACUAUCAUCGUGCCCUGGUCGCCCCACAUCUCCAGCACCGCGCGGACGAGCACGCGGGCUUGAAAGCCCAGAUCCGAGAUCUUCUCCGUGACGCUGAGGCCGACUUGCAGUUGGACCGUUUACUAGGAGAGGAUGGACCGUUGCAGCAUGAGCCGGCGCCUCCAAUGGACCAGCAAGAACCGGCGGCUACAGGAACUACGGCGGAAUCAGCUGCUACGUAAUAAACUCCGAGACAG